AUGAGGAAGGAAUUUAAUAUAAAUGAUAUGGAUAAAGAUGGUAAAAAAUUUGAUCGAGUAUCAAGAUUUACAGGACGUAGUGAAUCAGGUGAUGUAGAAUUAAUACUAGAUGUUAAUAUAGAUUUAUAUGCUUUGGAUAUUGGUGACAAGAUAGAAUUGUUAUUAUCGACAGGUUUAGCAAUGAAUUCUGAAAAAAUAGAAGAAAGUAUGGUUAUUGAACGUGAAGACAAUUCACAAAAGGCUUCUUGGCGAGAAAAGGUCUCGAAUGAGCCAGAUUUAUCAGAUAAUUAUGAAUACGUUAUGUAUGGUAAAGUAUAUAAAUAUGUUGAAUAUCAAGCUGGAAGAAUUGGUGUUUUUGUAUCAUUUGGUGGAUUAUUAAUGUCAAUUGAAGGAAAUCUUUAUCACUUGCAUAAACUUAAUGUUGGUCAAAAUGUUUAUUUAUUGGUUAGACGAAUAAAUGAGUCAUAA